AUGGCGAUUAAAACCGCCUUAUUGUUUUUAAUUGCAACAUUCGUCUACGCUGAGUCAAGGGACGUUCUGAGAUUCCCCUCCAGAAUUAUCACGAAAGAAAACAUCAUUGCGGAUCAUGAAAGUGUGCCUGAAGAUGAAACUUCAUACUUCAACGGUGCUUCUUUGGCUUACGUUACACCUUGGAAUAACAAAGGAUAUGAUCUAGCUAAGAUCACUGCAGACAAACUUUCACACAUUUCUCCUGUCUGGCUUCAGUUGAAACCAACCUCUGAUGAAGAAUCUUGUCAUAUAACAGGAGAUCAUGAUAUUGAUCAUGGAUGGAUGGAAGAUUUGAAAACUAAGAACCCUGAUGUCAAAAUUGUUCCUCGUGUCCUAUUCGAGGAAUGGAGUAUCAACAGUCUGGUUGAGAUGAUGAAUGAUGAAAAAUGGAGCCAUAGUUGUAUGAAUGUUUUACGCAAUCUUAUAACUAGACAUCGAUUUGAUGGCGUUGUACUGGAGGUUUGGUCCGCUGCUAUGUUAAAAUCACAAGGAAAAAUAGCACCAUUGAUGAUAGAAUUCUUGAGCUCUUGGGGAGAUUCUUUCAAUGAGAAAGAUUUGGAAACUGUCGUAGUGGUGGGAGCUCCAUUGUUCACUGAAUAUCGAGAGACGGGUAUGUUCACUGCUUCACAUCUUUAUCAGCUGGGACCUCGUGUUGAUUAUAUACAAAUGAUGACUUAUGAUUUCCCAUCGUCGAAUCCAUCUGGCGUGGCCCCAUAUGAAUGGAUUGAGAAGAGUAUCCAAACCGUACUUGAUGGUUCACAGCUUUUGGCCAAAAAGCUUAUGAUAGGUAUUAAUUACUAUGGCUAUGAGUAUCCCAAGGGAGGAGGUCAGCACAGUGUUAAAUAUGAUAAAUAUCUUGAACUUCUGAAGAGCCCCGAUACCACUCUAGAUUUCGAUAUUGAUAGUUUGGAGCACAUGUUGAAGACGCCUAAUUCUGUUGUAUACUACCCUUCUAUUGCUUCGAUUGAACUACGAAUGAAGCUGGCUGAGGAAUAUGGUGUUGGAAUUGCUAUAUGGGACUAUGGACAAGGCUUCAACUACUUUACCAAACUUCUUUAA